UAUGUAUGUACAAUCGACUCCGUAGUCUGUUGUCUGCAGCGAGCACGCUUGCUUCUCUCUAUAUACCAGACGUAACGCAGCACAACAACAACAACAACAAAAGCAGCAGUAAAAAAGCAAAGUGAUCCGCAUCAUGGACAAUUAUUUGAUUCAACUGCGUCGCGCCUGGGCGCAGCAGGACGGCGAGACCCUGGCCAAUCUGCUGUCGCUGCGCCAGCAUCCGUAUCUGCACGCGGACCUGGAGCAGUGCAUGACCAAGGCCAUGGAGUACAUGCCGCCGCCCUUCGACGAUCUCGUGCUCUGCCAUCUCAAGACCAUGUCGACCUACAGCCAGGGCGAGGACGUCGCAGUGACCUACGCCAAUCACAGCACCAGCGUGCAGUCCCUGGUGAAGAUACUGCAGCUGCAGAAGGAGGAGAACUGGAUGCUGCCCGUGAUGUUCUCCAUGUGCCUCGAGCUCAGGCUGCUCGCCAUCAAGGCGGAGAAGGGCAAGAAGAACAAGAUCGUGAAGCCCGGCGAGAAUCUGGAGAAGUGCGCCGAGUGCCUGCUGAGCUGCUUCAGGAUAUGCGCCGCCGACAGCAGGAGCUCCGAGGACGACACCAAGAAGUGGGGCAUGCUCACGCUGGUCAAUCAGCUGUUCAAGGUAUACUUCAAGAUCAACAAGCUGCAUCUGUGCAAGCCCUUGAUAAGAGCCAUAGACUCGUGCGCCUACAAGGAUCAGUUCUCUCUGGCUCAGCAGAUCACUUACAAGUUCUUCGUUGGCAGAAAAGCCAUGUUCGACAGCGACUACAAGGGUGCGGAUGACUAUCUGACCUUUGCCUUCCAACACUGUCACAAGAAAUCAAAGAAAAACAAGAGGCUCAUACUUACGUAUCUGCUGCCGGUCAAGAUGCUUCUUGGUUACAUGCCCAAGUAUUCGCUAUUAAGAAAGUACAAUUUGAUGGAGUUCAAGGACUUGGUGGAGGCUGUCAAAAAAGGUGACAUUCGAAGCUUGGAGGAGACAAUGUCCAAACUGGAGUCGUUCUUGAUCAACGCUGGAAUUUAUCUCAUCGUGGAGAAGUUGAAAUUGAUAGCUUACAGAAAUUUAUUCAAGAAGGUUCACUUAGCUUUAAAUACACAUCAGAUAGAGAUUCAAAGUCUUCUUUGCGCGUUGCAAAUUUAUGGCAGAAGCGACAUUGACAUGGAUGAAACAGAGUGUCUAGUUAGUAACUUGAUUUUUGAUGGAAAGAUCAAGGGCUACAUAUCUCAUCAACAUAAAAAAUUAGUCAUAUCGAAGCAAAAUCCAUUCCCACGACUAUCAUCUUUAAUUUAGGAAUUAAAUCUUGUAUUAUAGAACAAUUGUAAAUGAA